GAGUAAACAAGUAGGGUUUAAAAACAACUUUCUAUCAAACCGGAAAUGAGUAACUUAUUUCAAUGGCAAGUGAGAAUUAUUUUAGAAAUAAGUAACUUUUUCUUAGAAGUUGCUUAAAAGAAACCCAUCCCUUCCUUAUCUCAGCACAUCAAAAUUCCUCCCUCCCACUCUCUCUCUCUGUGAAAAUGUCUCGAGUCGAUGAAAAAUCCCCCAAAGAUUGUGCUAAGAAACGAUUCAACUUCAACAAGUUCCACAAGAAGUUCUUCUUUGCUUUCUCUACAUUUCUGCUCACUAUCCUAUCCCUUAUUUUCCUUAUUUGGCUCACUUUACACCCAACAAAGCCACAAUUCUCUCUAAAAGACGUCAAUAUCUAUCAACUCAACCUCUCAGGUUUGAACCUGAUUAACUCUAACAUUCGUCUCACUCUCUCAUCCAACAAUCCAAACAAGAAAGUCGGCGUUUACUACGAUGUGUUACAAGUGUAUGCAUCUUAUAAGGGACAAAUAAUCACUCGACAAACUUUGCUCCCACCUUUCUAUCAAGAGAAUGAAGAGACUAACCUCUUGAGCGCGUCUUUGGCCGGAAAUCAGGUACCAGUGGCUCCAUCCUUCGGUUAUGAAGUUGGACGUGAUCAGAGAAUCGGGAAACUUGUUUUGACUUUGAAGGUGAUCGGACGGCUUAGAUGGAAAGUCGGAACUUGGGUUUCAGGGAGGUAUAGGUUUAAUGUAAACUGCGUAGCUGUUUUGCCAUUCAAUUCCAUACCAUCAGGCCCUUUGAGCUCUAAGCAGGGGACAGUGUGUUCUACUAUUGUCUGAACUAUAUAAUCAACUGAAAAUUUGAAUUACUUAAGCAGUAUUGAGUGAAAGGCUUGGAAAAUGGCAAUUAAAAGUUUGUACAAAUAAAGUUGUAUUUCUUGCCUCAUCUUUUGUUCCUCAAUGAUAUGGAUCGUCUAAAAGUUUAUACUUUUAGAUAAUAUGAUUCAAUAUGGUA